AAAAACGGUUGGCCACUAUGACAUGCUGUAGUGUUGAACGUCUGAUUCAAACACGGUAAAAAAGGAAGAAGAGAACUGGUACUAUAUGCUAGAGUGUCAAAUACCAUGAACAAGCACUGCAUCCUAUUACUUCUACAAAUAUCGAUCAAUUCACACUAAUUGAAGCUGCCUAUCGUUUUCGGGCAACUCGUUCGCCUUCCAGUAUAACCGAUGAUGAUGAUGCUCUAUGAUGGAUUCAAAGAAAUAAUAAAGAUUCAAAAGCUUCGCAGAGUCGUUUCUUAUACUGGUUUCUAUUGCUUUGUUGCCGUCAUGAGCUAUGCCUAUACAACCAAUACAACUAGAGCUGGAUAUUCUAGAGGUGACCAAUUCUAUGCAGCUUAUCCUGCUGGAACCGAGCUUUUAACCGACGCCACUAAGUUAUAUAAAGCUGCACUUGGCAAUUGCUUUGAAGCGGAGGAGUGGGGUCCAAUUGAGUUCUCCAUCAUGGCCAAGCACUUUGAACGUCAGGGGAAAUCGCCUUAUGCUUAUCAUGCACAAUAUAUGGCACACCUUCUUUCUCAUGGACAGUUUGAUGGAAGUGGCUAGAUUUGGGAACUCUACAAUGCUACCAAAAUGAGUGAACGACCAUUGGAAUUUCUGUCAUGGGAUGCCAGGAUAGAAUAAAAUUUAUUUCCUUUUUUUUGUGUUAAAUGGAGCAAUUGUAGAGUUGCUUAAAUGGUCCAUGUUUUAUUUAUUAUAUGUCACAUUCCGAAUCAGGUAGCAUUUUGUUAAAUUUCGAAUAGAUGCUUCAUCUUGUCUUUUCAUUCUCUAGAACUAGCCUCCUGACACUCAUUGGUAUGCCUUCGGAUGUCAUUGUUGCCUUCUCCUUCUCCUUUUGGUGGGGGAGAAAGGAUAUUUUAAUUCAGUUCACAAAGUUUGCGGGAAAGAA